GCCUCCCAGCCUGCACCUCGGCGCGACGGCGGGCGUUGGCCUGUCAGGCGGCGCGGCGGGCUGCCCGGACGGUGGCUUUCUCGCGGCCCCAGCAUGGCGGCAGCCGUGCGCGCGGCGAGCUGCUUCUCCGCGCUGUGCGGCGCGCGAGCCGGCCAUCUCCGAGCCCGACAUCUUGCCCUAAACACCUCUUCAGCACCUUCCAUUUUGACAUUGAAGCCUGUUCUCAGCAAUGGCCUUUGGACAUCGCCAGGAACCAGAGACAGCCGUCUUCUCUCAGGCUUGGCUCACGCUUUGCAGACACAGUGCUGUGUUUCUUCUCCUGGAACCUUGAUGAGCCAGCAGCGUCGACCCUAUAGCUUCUUCACCAAAUUGACAGCAGAUGAGCUGUGGAAAGGUGCGUUAGCUGAGACUGGUGCUGGAGCAAGAAAAGGAAGAGGCAAAAGAACUAAGAAAAAGAAGAGAAAGGAUUUGAACCGAGGCCAAAUCAUUGGUGAAGGGCGUCAUGGCUUCUUAUGGCCUGGUCUGAAUGUCCCUCUGAUGAGAAAUGGAGCCAUGCAGACCAUAACCCAGAGAAGCAAGGAAGAGCAGGAGAAGGUGGAGGCCAACAUGGUCCAGCAAAGAGAAGAGUGGGACCGGAAGAGGAAAAUGAAGGUUAAACGGGAGCGAGGAUGGAGUGGAAACCAGUGGGGAGGCGUCAGUCUUGGCCCCCCUGAUCCUGGUCCCAAUGGAGAAACAUACGAGGAUUUUGAUACCAGAAUCCUUGAGGUAAGAAAUGUUUUCAAUAUGACUGCAAAAGAAGGAAGAAAGAAAUCUAUUCGGGUUCUGGUCGUUGUGGGCAAUGGUCGGGGAGCUGCAGGUUUUGCCAUUGGGAAAGCCACUGACCGGAUGGAUGCAUUCAGAAAAGCAAAGAACAGAGCGGUCCACUAUUUGCAUUUUAUAGAACGAUAUGAAGAACAUACAAUAUACCAUGACGUUUCUUUAACAUUUAAACGGACACAUAUCAAGAUGAAGAAGAAACCCAAAGGCUAUGGACUCCGUUGCCACCGGGCCAUCAUCACCAUGUGCCGGCUCAUUGGCAUCAAGGACAUGUAUGCCAAGGUCUCCGGCUCCACCAACAUGCUCAACCUCACCCGCGGCUUCUUCCAUGGACUCUCCCGCCAGGAAACCCAUCAACAGCUGGCUGAUAAGAAGAGACUCCAUGUGGUGGAGUUCCGGGAAGAGUGUGGCCCUCUGCCCAUUGUGGUCGCAUCCCCCCGCGGGGCUCUGAGCAAGGACCCAGAGCCAGAAGAUGACGUUCCGAACAUCAAGCUGGACUGGGAGGACGUGAAGGCCGCACAGAGAAUGAAGCAUUCCGUGUGGUCAGGUUUAAAGAGAGCCGCCACCUGAGCUGCCCGCUGGCCAGCACCCAGAGGGGAACACAGCCUCUCACCCGAAAUGCGACCUUGUUCUGUUUGUUUGUUUCUUUUUUUUUUUUCUAAAGGGAAGGCCCACUGAAAUUCUUUAUUUACUAACAAUAAAUUAUUAUAACUUUAAUUCCCACAUGGCCAUAUGCUUGUAUAAGAACUUUCUUACACAUCUUAAGCUCAAAACUACUUUAAGUAUUCAUUUAGGCUAGCCACAGUGAGGUGAAGUGAAACCAGGCUUAAGGAGCUGGAGAGAUAUCCAGGGUCAGCAACUGCCUUCUCCAUGAUUUGCCCUUUUUUUUUUUUUUGCUUUUUGGGUCACACCCGGCGAUGCACAGGGGUUACUCCUGGCUUUAUAUUCAGGAAUCACCCUUGACGGUGCUCAGGAGACCAUAUGGGAUGCUGGGAAUCGAACCCGGGUCGGCCACGUGCAAGGCAACCGCCCUACCCGCUGUGCUAUCACUCCAGCCCCAUGAUUUGCCCUUUUAAUAGCUGGCAUCAAUCACGUGACCCCUGAGCACCCGUAGGUAUGUCGGUAACCAUUGACAUCAGUUCUCGUUAAUAUAUUAACUCUGACUCAUAUGAUACGAGUGUUAUUAACCUCAUUUGUAGAGUUAUUAAGUAUUGAUUACAGUCACAGUUAGAAAGUUGAAGAGUGGGAAAGGGCCCUGUUCUUUUGAGACGCUGAAAUUCUGGUGGGCAUGUUUGUUUGUUUGGGGGGCACAACAGUGAUAUCCAGGGGUUACUCCUGGCUCUGCACUCAGGAAUUACUCCUGGCAGUACUUGGGGGACCAUAUGGGAUGGCGGGGAUGGAAUCCAGAUCAGCUGCAUGCAAGGCAAGCACCUUACCUGCUGUACUAUCUCUCUAGUCCCUAAAAUCUGUUUUUUCUAUCUUUGUUACGUAGUUAUUUGUAUAGAUACUAUAGGUAUUACAUUAUAAUAUUUGUGUUUUUUUUUUACCAAUAUGAGUAUAAUCUAGCAAUCUUAGUCUCUGUAAGUCCCUUUCCCCUCCCCUGUUUAUCUAAUUGCUGUAAUAUGCCCUUUACUUACGUCGAAAACAAUAUUAGACAAUACUAGACUUUUUGUAGAGUUAGAGCAGUGAGUUCAACCAUCAAAUAUAGUCUAGAGCAGUGGUUUUUGACACCUGUGGACUGGUGAACUGCAGCCAAGAAAAACUACUGGUCUGGAAAACUAGAUAAGGAGCCAAAAGAACCUCUUGUAUUUACACAGUUUUUUCUCUUUCACUCGUUCUUUCCUUCUAUUCAGAGUCAUCUUUAUCAUUUGGAGUAGGGGAAAAACCCCUCUCCUGGGUUUCUCCCUUACUUUUGCUCUGCUGUGAUAGCGGAAAUCAUUUCUAACUGGGUGGGUGAGCUGCUCGGGCUGGGGCACACAUCUCACAGGUCGGACCCAUGGGUUCAUCCCCAAUACUAGAUGAUCCUAGACUAGGGGUGACCUUUAAGCACACUGGAAGUAAGCCCUGAGCACUACUGGGUGUGGCCUCCGAAAGCAGAGACACUGAUAUGUGAGAACUUCCCUCUUGAAACCGUUUCCUGUGAUAUCAGAUGGUGUAUAAUUAUAUUACCCUAUAUUUAGUUUAUAUUAACAUUUCAGAGUUUUCAUACUCCAGCUCUUUUCUUCUCACCUGCCUCACCCUUAAGUCAGCUUCCACCCUUUGCACUUUUAUCAAAAGAGAAAAGACUUUAUUAUCAGCUAUCUGAACUUAAAUAUGAAUGAACUGGUGGUAUUUUUAUUUACUUCUUCCAACCAUGUUGUAUGUCAAAUCUUCUAGUUGGCAGGGUACUGGACUUUGGUACAUAUUAGUCUUUACCCACCGUGAACCCAUGAAGUAGGGAAUAUGGAUGCAAAUACCAAAUUAAUUAGAACAGUUCAGUAAAAUAGUGAGUCAGUGAACUGUGGAUGUUCUGAGAAAGAGUGGAUCACUUCAUCUGUAUGAAGUGAUCACUUCAUCUGUAUGGUAUCAAGGUUCCUAAAGGAAGCAUUAAAGAUGAGUAUUGAAAUAGAGAAAAAUGACAAUUGGCCAAGAAUAUGACGAAGAAUGCAACAAUUUGAACAAAGGGCCAACUAUAAGAAAAGGCAGAUCCUGUUUUGGGGAAUGUAUCUCACCUUGCUUUUUCAGAUUGUCUUUGAUACCUUUUGUCAGAAUUUGAAGUUUCUAGCAUAAAGACUGCAUAUGUAUUAUAUGGCAGAGUCUCUUGCCCCUGAGCCCCUUGAAUGCGGCACCAUUGGGACAGACGAGUAAAGAGAGGCUUCUAAAAUCUCAGGGCUAGGACUUAUGGAGACGUUAGUGAGACCACUGGAGAAAAUUGAUGAUCAACGGGAUAAUGAUGAUUAACAUUUCAUAUUAAUAGUUUUAUAAUUUCAUUAUGUAUUACUUUGUAAUUUAACUCAGUGCUAGCACUUGAAGAUUUCACUCCACAGGCUAAGGGCUCAGUCCCUCAAGACUGUCCCAGCCCAGCCUACAGGGCCAGUCCAAAGUCUGAGUGUCUCUAACGUGAUGACCAACCAGUCAGAUUCGAGGGGCCCAUGACCUCUUCUUGGGGUCAGGUUAAAUUGCUUGUGCACCUCUCAUGACUCAGGACAGGAGUUGUAUAGGGUUCUUAUAGCGGGAUCGGUGAAGGAAGAGAUGUUUAGGGCAGCUCAGUGAGGCUGGGCCUCCUGUACUGCCAGGCUUCCUCUGGGCCACUCCGCGCCGCAGCGUGUCCGCCAACCUGGGAAAGUGUCCAAGCCCCUACGCAAGAGAUUUUUGUGGAGUUUUCAUCCUAGAGGUUUAGUCAACUGUAUUGCCAGCCCCUCUCAGGAGCAGGAGGUGGGAUUGGAAGUUCCAGCCUCUUCCCUGGCUUGGUUGUACUGAUGGUGACCAGUCGCAUCCAGGAACUCACCAAGAGUGACCUCGUUAGGAUGGAACAUGCAGCUUUCCUCAAGGAAACUGAGGCUUUAGGACUCUGUCAAGAACUGGGCUGAAAAUCCAAAUGCUGGUUCAAAAAAUGCUCCUGGCAGACUUAAUCCUUAGGGUAGGAAUGUUUCAGAAGCUCUGUCCAGGAAGUGGGGUGAGAUGAAUAUAUACGCUUUCUGUGAUCUCACACAUUUUCUUCCUCCUCGGGGGCGCUACACUCAGCAGUGCUCAGGGCUUACUCCUGCCUCCGCGUUCAGGGAUCAUUCCUGGUGAUGAACUCCAAGGGUUGAGUAUGGUGCCAGGGAUAGAACAUGUAACGCAAGCAUCUUCCUCAGUAUACUAUGUCUGAUCUCUGACCUUCCACAAUUUCUUUCUGCUUCAAGAACUUUUUUUUAAUUUUAGGAUUUAUUUUAUUUAAUAUCUUAGUAUUCUAAUAUCUUAGAAUUCUAAUAUUUUAGGAUUCAUUCCUUCAUAUGUUUUGCUUUUAUUUUAUUCCUAAAGAACAGUUGGACCAGAUAAAGAAUUCACGUUCAAGGGACCCAGGGGUUGUGAUGGGGUGGUGGAGUGUCUACCCUGUAGGUAGGUGUGAGACCCCAAGUGUGAUCCCAGCAUCCUGCAUUGCCAACUAUGAUCCCAGGCACCACAACCAAAUGUGCCAGUCCCAACCCCAAACCCCCCCUUAUGCUGCUACCAAGCUUGUGUCACUCCAGGGCUUUGAGGACCCCUAUGCAGGAGGACAGAAAAAAACAAAUUUCAAGGUGGACAGUUCUUUUCCUAUAGCACUUGGAAACUUGUUCCUUUGGACUCCAUUGUUAUUUAUAAUAAAUCUGCUUUCAGCCAGUUAUUUUUCACA